ACACGCACGCACACGGACUCUAUGACUACUCUCUCCGUCUCUCUUUCUCACACUCACUCUCUCUGUUUCGUCCUCUUACCAUUCCUCUUGUUUCUCUCUAACACUCCUCCUCCUGAGUGUCCCUUCCUUUGCAUCCUCUUUCUUUCUCCUUUUUCAUGCCGAGAGUUUGGAACUAAAUUCUGUAUGUCGGCUCGUGUAUGUGUGUGCUCCCUAUGUGCGUCAGUGUGCACGCUGGUGAGCGAGAGUGUACGGGAACUACCUCCGUGUGAGUGAAAGCAGUGAGGCGUAUCAGUGAGUGUAUGUGGGUCUCUCUCUUACAGUCACACACUCGCCGCUCCUCCUCCUACUCUUCUUGGGAUCCCCGUGUCCCUUUCCUCGGUGCCAGGCUCGCCACACCCAGAAGUCACCAUUUCCGCCCCAGGGAGAGCCACGCUGGCAGCACAGCCCCUUCCCCGACUCAGCAUCGGGAGGAAGACCCUGGUGGCGGCUGCCGUCGGGGUCAUGCUGGUCCUGGUGCUGGUGGUCCUCAUCCCCGUCCUGGUCAGCUCCGUGGGCACCGACACCAGCCACUUUGAAAUGUUGGGUACCUGCCGCAUGGUGUGUGACCCCUACCUGAACAAGGGCACCACGGCCAGCAGCACCAGCUCCAGUGGCAUCCAGGGAGAAGCCGAGGCCCUCAGCGACAACAGCAACAUGCCCUCCACACUGGUGCAGGGCCCCCAGGGAAAGCAAGGCAGGCCAGGUAAACCUGGACUCCCUGGACCGCCUGGAGAGCCAGGGCCACCGGGGCCAGUGGGACCCCCUGGAGACCGAGGGUCUGGAGGGAGGACUGGGAUUUUGGGGUUGGGGGGGAAUGGAGCUAUCAGCACAGCCACCUACAGCACAGUGCCCCGGGUGGCCUUUUACGCAGGGCUUAAGAACCCCCAUGAAGGCUAUGAGAUCCUUAAGUUUGACGACGUGGUCACCAACUUGGGAAACAACUACGACGGCAUCUCGGGCAAGUUCAUCUGCAGCAUUCCUGGCACCUACUUCUUCAUCUACCAUGUGCUGAUGAGAGGAGGGGAUGGGACCAGUAUGUGGGCAGACCUCUGCAAAAACGAACAGGUGCGAGCCAGUGCCAUCGCCCAGGACGCUGACCAGAACUAUGACUACGCCUCCAAUAGCGUCAUCCUCCACCUAGACGCAGGCGACGAGGUCUACAUCAAGCUGGACGGGGGCAAGGCUCACGGCGGCAACAACAACAAAUACAGCACCUUCUCUGGGUUCAUCCUCUACGCCGACUGAACCCACCCAGGUGCCACGUCCAGAGAGAGGAAGACAAAGUAAGAGAUUGAGAGAAAGAGUUGUAAAUGAGGGAAGGAAGGGGUUAAAAGCCAGAAUGCUUUCUAGUUUCCUGGUUCUCUCCAUCGUCACACCAACCUCUGCUUAUAAAACACAUCAGCCCCAAAUCAAGGUUCUCCAGCUCAGCUCGGCCUGCCUGUCUGCCGUGCUGUGAGGGAGGGGGGGAGAACACGAUGUUAGGGGAGGGAGUAGUGGGGGGUGAAGCUUGGUAGAGAGAGGUGCCCUCCUCAUCAGAAUUCUAUCCUGUCAGUUGCUCCUCGCUUUCCUCUUCCUCAAACUGGAAAAAUAAACCAACUAACUCCAAGUGGAUCCGGCCUCAUCAUCUUCUCUCCAUAACAGUUGGCUAUAUGGACUCUGUUGACUGAAAUUGCCCUAUCUUGUCGUUGUGUGCUUUUCCUUAGAAUGUCAGUAUUUUACUUUUGUAAAAGAUACUACUACAUUGUAUAUUUACACAAAAGAGGAUAUAAAAAAUAUGUUUGUCCCUUGUGAGAUAAAAAAACUUGAUUUUGAGAGAAUGGUUUUGUGAGAUGUUGAUUGUGAUUCAGAAGCCUUUAGCUGAGAAAUGGAAA